AAACCAUGGACAAAGAAUCCGACCAACACACACAGACACGCGCGCCCGAUGAAAACUUAAGACCUGUUGAUAAAACAGGCCGCGUGUGUCCCAGCGCGAAGAUUCCCAGGAAAUAUCAGAGCCCGGGGAUCCUGAUUCCUCCUCUAUAUGACUUAGCUCCACCUAUAACUGCGUGUCUGUGUGUGUUCUUGUGAGAGAGAGAGAAAGAGAGUAAUGAAGAAGAUGGCGGGGGGAUGGCGGCUGCUGGCUGCAGAUUUCUUGAUGUCGUUCAUGUGGGUUUGGUCAAGCGUGCUUAACAAGAUCUUUGUGCAUAGAAUCUUGGGUUAUGGGGCUCAUGAAUUUGAGGGCGAAAUCGUCAGAUACGCUGUGUCUCUCCUUAACAUGUUCUUCUUCACAUUCAUGUGCAAGGCCGCCAGGGGUGGCCACUACAAUCCUCUUACCCUUUUGUCCGCCGCGAUUUCUGGGGAUUUUUCCAAUUUCCUCUUCGUUCUUGGCGCCAGAAUCCCUACCCAGGUCGUUGGGUCGAUUUAUGGGGUUAGGCUCAUCCUCGACACAUUUCCUGGAAUAGGACGCGGGCCACGCUUGAGCGUUGACAUAGCGAAGGGUGCAUUGACUGAAGGUCUUCUAACAUUCACCAUCGUGAUAAUUUCGCUUGGGUUGUCUAGAAAGGUUAUUUAUAGUUUCUUCAUGAACACUUGGAUUUCCAGUGUAUCCAAGCUUACUCUUCACAUACUGGGCUCCGACCUAACUGGUGGUUGCAUGAAUCCGGCCUCUGUGAUGGGGUGGGCUUUUGCUAAUGGAGAACAUAUCACCAAGGAGCAUUUGAUCGUUUACUGGCUUGCUCCCAUCGAGGGCACUUUGGCGGCAGUUUGGGUGUUUCGAAUACUAGCCGGGCCUAAGGAGGACAAGACCAUAGCUGCUAAGAAGGACGACACCCCACAGCUGAAGACUGAAAAAUUAAAUUGAUAAGAUUCUUCAUGGCUUGUUGUAUAUUAGAUGCAAGAAUUCCAGUGUUGUUGAACUUGUAAAGUUGUUCAUAGAUCAAGAAUGGUUCACUUCAGAUAUUGUUGUACUUGGUUCUCGGUCAUGAUUUCAUACUUUUCCCUCUGUCUAACAUGUA